AUGGAGAAUCCGCUGGUGGCCGUCAUUACAUCGUCGGCUGUUGAAUCGCGGGUCAAAAAGCGUGGAUUCAUCUCGAUUUCACAACUAUUGCAACCGUUCGCCACACAUUCAGUCAACGUCAGGGAUCCGUCUACAGGUCAGCCAGUGUCUGUAAAUGUGAAAGUUGAGUUUAACGAUUUGAAUAAGGAAGGACAUCUCCUCACCUUGUCGGUUCUUCCACAUGUGCUUUUCGAGGUGCUACAGUCAAAAUCUGUUCUGAAUGAUGCCCUCGUUAGUUUUGAAGCUGCUUUGCGGAAGUGGACUGAACCAGCUGAGCAAGAGACUUUCCGUACAUACCUUGCUUGUAUAUUCGUUGUUGCUGGAGGCGAGGAGAAUCCAAUGAGUGAAUUAAGCAAACUCGUGCAAACGCAACAUACGCAACAGGUGCUACAGUCAAAAUCUGUUCUGAAUGAUGCCCUCGUUAGUUUUGAAGCUGCUUUGCGGAAGUGGACUGAACCAGCUGAGCAAGAGACUUUCCGUACAUACCUUGCUUGUAUAUUCGUUGUUGCUGGAGGCGAGGAGAAUCCAAUGAGUGAAUUAAGCAAACUCGUGCAAACGCAACAUACGCAACAGGUUUAG